AUGAAGGAAGUCACCACAGGCAAAGACCCAUGCGAUAUCGAAUUGCAAAAAUACAAGAAAUUAGACUCAAUCACAGACUGCGAUCUUGAUGACGACGACGAUGACGACGAAGACGAAGAUGAAGAGAAUUCACUAGGAGACAAGCAUCGAAAAAGUCACAAGCGACAGAGGAAAUUCGGCCUAUUUAUCUAUCCCGAGUCUUUCUUUCUGUCUUUCUUUCUUUCUUUCUUUCUAGUUAUCUAUCUAUUUCUUUUCAUAUAUGUCACAAUCUUUUCAUAUCGCGCCACCUCUAUUAAUCUCUCUACCUAUCACUUUGACUAUCUAUCGAUCUCUCCUCAGACUUCUUCUUUCUUUCUAUCUAGACAACGUCUUUUUUAUUCUUUCUGGCUUCAGUCUUUUUUUUCUAUCUAUCUAUCUAUCUAUCUAUCUAUCUUCUUUUUGUUUAAUUCGAUAUCUCUAUUUCACUAUUUUCAUCGUCUCGUCAUAUCUAUCUGUCUAUCUAUCUAUCUUUCUAUCUAUCUAUCUCAGUCUCGUCAUAUCUAUCUAUCUAUCUAUCUAUCUAUCUAUCUAUCUAUCUAUCUAUCUCAGUAUCGUCAUAUCUAUCUAUCUAUCUAUCUAUCUAUCUAUCUAUCUAUCGUCUUUUUCUUUAAUUCUAUCUCUCUAUUUCAGUAUUUUCAUAAUUGUCACAAUUUUCCAUAUCUUUCUAUCGCUCUCCCCACCUCUCUCUCUAUGCUUAUCUAUCUACCUAUUCUCAGUCUUUUUUCUAUCUAUCUAUCUAUCUAUCUAUCUAUCUAUCUAUCAAAACACUUGCAUACACCUGAACGUAAAGCGUUCACAACAAAUUACUUAUUCGCUCAGAGUUCAUGGCUCCAGAUGUACAGGAGUAUAAAAGGCCCCACCCAACUUUCCCUUGUCUCUCACCCCAACAAAUACGUUGAAAUCCAGGUGCUCGGACACACGUUACCUCUCGAACGUACACGUGCUCACACCUUGAUCGUCUUGCGUUCCGUUCGCUUGUAUUCACAUGUGCGUGACCGCCUCAGUUUCUUUUGCCAUGAUUUUAAAUUUCUUCUUUUCUUUCUUCUCUUCUUUCUUCUUUUCUUUCUUCUCUUCUUUCUUUCUUAUUUUCUUUCUUCUCUUCUUUCUUUCUUCUUUUCUUUCUUUCUUUCUUUCUUUUCUUUCUUCUUUCCUAUCUUCUUUUCUUUCUUUCUUUCUUUCUUCUUUCCAUUCUUUCUUUCUUAUUUUCUUUCUUCUCUUCUUUUUUCUUCUUUUCUUCUUUCUUUCUUUCUUUCUUUCUUUCUUCUUUCCUUCCUUCCUUUCUUCUUUUCUUUCUUCUCUUCUUUCUUCCUUCUUUUCUUUCUUUCUUCUCUUCUUUCUUUCUUCUUUUCUUUCUUUCUUUCUUUCUUUCUUUCUUUCUUCUUUCCUUUCUUUCUUUCUUAUUUUCUUUCUUCUCUUCUUUCUUUCUUCUUUUCUUUCUUCUUUCUUUCUUUCUUUCUUCCUUCCUUCCUUCCUUCCUUUCUUCUUUUCUUUCUCCUCUUCUUUCUUCCUUCUUUUCUUUCUUUCUUUCUUUCUUCUCUUCUUUCUUUCUUCUUUUCUUUCUUUCUUUCUUUCUUUCUUUCUUUCUUUCUUCUUUCCUUUCUUUCUUUCUUAUUUUCUUUCUUCUCUUCUUUCUUUCUUCUUUUCUUUCUUCUUUCUUAUUUUCUUUCUUCUCUUCUUUCAUUCUUCUUUUCUUUCUUCUCUUCUUUCUUCCUUCUUUUCUUUCUUUCUUUCUUUCUUUCUUCUCUUCUUUCUUUCUUCUUUUCUUUCUUUCUUUCUUUCUUUCUUUUUUUCUUUCUUUCUUUCUUAUUUUCUUUCUUCUCUUCUUUCUUUCUUCUUUUCUUUCUUCUUUCUUUCUUUCUUUCUUUCUUCCUUCCUUCCUUCCUUUCUUCUUUUCUUUCUCCUCUUCUUUCUUCCUUCUUUUCUUUCUCCUCUUCUUUCUUCCUUCUUUUCUUUCUUUCUUUCUUUCUUCUCUUCUUUCUUUCUUCUUUUCUUUCUUUCUUUCUUUCUUUCUUUCUUUCUUCUUUCCUUUCUUUCUUUCUUAUUUUCUUUCUUCUCUUCUUUCUUCUCUUCUUUCUUUCUUCUUUUCUUUCUUCUCUUCUUUCUUCUCUUCUUUCUUUUCUUUCUUCUUUCCUAUCUUCUUUUCUUUCUUUCUUCUUUUCUUUCUUUCUUUUUUCCUUUCUUUUUUCUUUCUUCUUUCCUUUUUUUCUUCUUUCUUUCUUUCUUUCUUUCUUUUACUAUCCUUCUUUAUUCUUCCUUUCUCUACUCAUAUGCGAUUCUUUCUUUUUUUAUUACAGAUAUUUCGUUUCUUUUCUUCUUUAUUUUAAUUUUAUUUCCAUUUCCCUCUUUCUUUCUUCGUUUCUUUCAUUAACAAUGGUAGUUUUUUCUUGCAUUAUUUUCUUUUUCAGGCAAUAUCUCAUUCUUCUUUUCUUUUUUCUUUUCCAUUUACUAUAUUUUUUCAUUCUUUUUCCAUUUUACUACUUUUUUCUUUCAUUCAUUCUUUUCAUUCAUUUUUUUCGUUUUAUCUUUUUUUUCCUUGUUAUAUUUUCUCUUUUACCAUCACUCUUUUUUUCUUUCUUUCUUUCUUUCUUUCUUCCUUUUACUUUUUUCUUUCUUUCUUUCUUUCUUUCUUUCUUUCUUUUUAUUGACAAUCAUAUUUACAAUAUUCCUUUUUCUAAUUUCACUCUCUUUCUUUCUUUCUUUUUUCUUUCUUUAUUUCUUUCUUUCUUUCUUCCGAUUGUUUUGUGUUUAUAA